AUGAGCAAUGGAACGGCAAAAUUAAAAUUUGGCGAAAUAAAGAAGCUGCAGAAGAUUCUGGACAAGAGCCACGAAAUCCACGGAAAAGGGAAUUUCCCGACCAUCGAGGUGGAACCUACAGCGUUAAUUAAGGAUAUUCAUGCAAAACUGGGAGAAGCUGGCAUCACGGUGGCGCACGUCAAACUGAACGGCUCCUGCGCAUCGCACAUCAUCAGCCACGACGACGAUAUCGGCUUCAAGGACAUUGACAUAAUUUUCAAUUUGGCAUCCACUAUCGAUCACCCCGCCCGGGACCGAUUGAACGAAUCGACCACCUGUCGAACCAUCAAGAAACGUAAAAGGACGAAAGAAGAGGAGCAGCGAUGGACAACAGUCCGGGAUACGGUGAUGAGUGUGCUUUUGUCGUAUUUGCCAAAGGAUAUUCGCCGCGAUCGCCUGACGACGGACAUUAUGGUAUCGGCAUACGUCAACAAACUCAUCAAAAUCUCUAAUGAAACCGACAAAUGGUCAUUGAUAUCGCUGUCGAAUGAAAAUGGGAGAAAUUUGGAACUGAAAUUUGUGGAAUCAAUGAGGAGGCAAUUCGAAUUUUCCGUCGACAGCUUUCAAAUCACGUUGGAUUCGUAUUUAACCUACACGUCUGUCACCGACAAAAUGGACGCGAGUUUCUUUCCUCUCAUCGAAGUCGAGUCCGUUUUUGGUUCUUUCGAAGAAGCAAGAAGUCACUUAAUAAACCGAAAAAUUGUCACCCGAUCGCCCGAAGAAAUCCGCGGCGGCGGUCUGCUCAGAUACUGUAAUCUCCUCACCCGCGACUUCACCGUGGAAGAACCUGCUGAUGUUCAAAAGCUCCAGUCAAUUAUGUGCUCGCGGUUUUUCAUCGAUUUCCCGGAAAUUGAAACGCAAACCAGGAAGAUUAAAAGCUAUCUUGCCGCGCAUUUCAACAGUGAUGAUGAACUGUCUCUAAGGUUCAACUUCAUGCUGAGCUUGCAGGCGGUCGUCAACGAUAGCACAAUUUGUUUGAUGUCGCAAGAACGCCAGGAAGUCCUUAAUCUUAUCAUGAGUCUAGCUCAGCAGACGCUUUCGGACAUUCUUAUUCAAGAAGGCUUCACAGUUCAAUUUCCGAUUCCCGAGCCACCGCAAUACGUUCCCGUUUCGACCCACGUGAUCGCUCACGUGACAACUCAGGAUGUGGCGGAACUUGUCUCGGAUCCAUCUUCUUCUGGCUUGUCGAGCAUCAACUCAGAUGACCUCGAUCUUGUGAAUGAUCUUUCGCGCCCGUGCUCAAUUUCAUCCGUCACUUCUGAAUCUUCAGGAAUCGUCAUGUCGGCAAGCUACUCGAAUUACUCUUCUCCAUCUCCUGUCGAGGAAAAACAAAAGCUCUUAUCAGAAGAAUGCUCCGCCGAAGUCAGUCCAAAAGUCCAAAUCUCCGAAAAAAUGACCUGUCCAGCUAGUAGUCAAAGUCAAACUCGCCCAGUCCAAGUCGCACCAGCGAUCAGUCAAAACUAA